AUGGCGGAAAUUCUAGGAAUAGUCGCCAGUAGCAUCCAGCUCGCCGAUGCAACCUUGAAAAUCGGAAACAACAUUUAUAAAUUCGUAGAUACUAUCAGAUCUGCACCUAAGAAAGUCAAAACCUUUCGUGGCGAUUUAGAUCAGACAUUAUCUCUUCUUAAGGACACCAGAAGCUCGCUGGAAAUCGCUAAAACAAAAUACAACAACCUUGGGGACACAGCCAAAUUAGUCGAAAAUACACUCGAGGACUUUAAUAGAGAACUUGCGGAAAUUUCGAUUACUGUGGAAACACUCUGGGCACGAUCGCAAUCAUGGAAAGUAAAGAUCAAAAUUGGGUUCAAGGGAGACAGUGAGUGGGUGCGGAUCGAUGCUAGGAUUCGAGUCCAACACGAAAGGCUGACUGCAGCGUCUGUGCAGUUGUCGAACAAACUGGGACUGGAAAACGGAGAACGACUCGAUGAGAUCGGAAGUAGUGUCGCCGCCAUUAGCUUCGAAAUCACCAAAAAUGUUUCCGAACCUAUUCGGGACGUCCAAAGGGACGUACAAAAUAUACGUACCGCCGGCGAUACCAGCAUCCUCCUAAUAAAAGAAUCCAUGGCCCUUCAGGUAUCCCACAUGAACAGAGUUGAAAAGCUUCACGGGGAACAAUUCCAACGGGUAACCGAAAUCCACGAUACUGUUGCUGCGAAUCAAAACGAAAACUGCCAGAACUUUAUGAGGAUUGAAAGUACUUGUAACUCUAUUUCCCGUGAGCAGGAAAAUCAAGCUCAUGAUAUCUUCGACUUGGGCGAAAAAGUUGACGACCUUACCGAGAAAGUCAAGGACCUGGCGGAUGGACUUAAGAAUGGUUUGGAUGUAACAGCCGAUAUUGCGACACAGUCAAAGGCUGUUCUCGAUGGAAUUAGAGCUCUCAGCAUUUCUUCCAGCGCUACAAGCCCAACCUCUGAGCCAAGAUCCAGGAAUGAGAAAUUGCAGCUCGAAAAACGAAAAAGAAAACUGUCCUCAGCAGUGAGGUCAAUCUUACGAUUGUCGGAGGACCCUUCGAACUCUAAGGUGAUCAAAGGAGAUGAUGCCGAAGACUAUUUGGCUGCUGUACAAGAUUUGCUCGAAAUUUUGCAAGAUGACACGGAUAUUGGGCAAGUCAUCAAGCAAGAACUAUCCGUCAUUGCGACGCAGCUUCUUGGGAGUAAUUCUUUGUAUAUGCAGCGCGCACCCGACGCCGCAAUCGCAAGGCGAGUCCGAAAUGCUGGAAAUCGAACCGAAGAUAUUCUAUCAUCCCUCGACGGAGAAACCGUCAUCACCGAGAACUAUGCGGUUCGGAAGACGGAACAGCUCGAUAAUGGAACCUUGGUAUUAUCUUCUUCCAGCCAGAAGCGUUCUACAGAGGACCAGAGCGAAGUUGUUAGCAAUAGAACAACAAUGAUAUUCAAACCAAAUCUAGUGCAAGGGGAAUCGAAGCCAUCCUGGGUUCUCUCUAUUAUGAAUACUUUUGGAACUGAAGGUAUCUUCUCUAUCCCAUUGGUGAUCAGAGUUUAUAACCGCCGAUUUUAUGAUCCAACGGAUGAAUCUUCACCCCACUGUCUAGCCAGAUACGGCGAUAUAAAAGGCUUGCAAAAGCUUUUCUCCUUAGGAAUGGCUUCCGUAUACGAUGUUGAUGAAAAUGGGAGGAGUUUAUUACACUCGGCCGUUGGCCCGUUGAGGUUUAGAGAGUUCCUGGGGAAAGAGAAGAGGCAGGCUCAGGGUUGCCUUACAGCCUGCGAUUUCCUGCUAUCACAGGGGGCUGAUGCCAACUACUUGGACGACCAAGAUCAGACACCUCUAAAUUCUCUCAAUGGGGUAGUUUUUGAUUUGCCUGCGGGUGCCGACUUACCAGAUGUUAAAAUUGCGAGCUCUGCAUUUCAUCGACUACUUGAAUCUGGGAUUUCAAACAAAUCUUCACCUUUUGGGCCGGAGAGAGCUAUUGCGACUUUAGUUCGUGGUCUAGCCGACGGGUCCUCACUGUUUUUCGAACAGUUUCUGUCCCGACUGAGGGAUACUGAAUUUGAUAUAAACUGCUAUUCCGGGUGCAAUAGUGCAAUCAUGCUAGAGCUCCCUACGGGCGUAACUCUAGGAAACCCAACAGCGUUUUCGAAGAACUGUGAUAUCGCAAUUAAGUAUGGCGGGGAUAUCAGGGCUAAAACAUGCGAUACAAAGGAAUCGUGUUUGCAUGUGCUUUUACGUCUUAUAAAACCUCCCGCGGCUAAUGAUGAGUUCAUAAUUUCCGAAAAGAAGUGGCUUAGUUUCAAAAGUUACUUACUUAGGGUUUUCACAAGUCGAUUGGAGAAGUUGUUAAGCCUGGGGGCGGAUAUUUAUGCCAAAGACGUGAGAUACCUUGAGUGGGUUGACAAGAGAAAUAUUAAUUUCACCGUGACCAGGGAUGUCUAUACUCAUGAAGUCCAAGAUACUUGGUGGGCUUGCAUAGAGAAAUUUGGCCACUCGAGGCAAGAGGUCAUCGCACAGGAGGCACAGGAAAUUGAGGUCUCUCCUCAAGAAUAUGAAGAGUAUCUGGAGAGUCUCUCAAAGGCAACAUUUGAUGAACGCCAAAAAUUAUUUAAAUCUACUAGCUAG